AUGGCAGACAACAAGGAGAAUGCGAUCGUCACAUCCCAGGUUGACCUGGAGUCAACAGCUGCGGAUUUGUCGCCCGAAAAGAAAGGAACCAACGAUGACCAGAGAGAUAUGUUUCGCAUGGGCAAACACCAAGAGCUCAGGCGAAAUUUUCGAUUUGUCUCCAUUUUCGGCUUCUCCAUGAUUCUCAUGGCCAGCUGGGAAACCAUGUUAGGCACAUCUAUCAUCGGCUUGAUCAACGGCGGUACCGCCGGAAUGAUCUGGUUGUUCCUGGUGGCCUGGAUUUGCUUCUUGGCUGUCAACACUUCAAUGGCCGAAAUGGGAUCCAUGGCUCCGACAUCUGGCGGUCAAUAUCAUUGGGUCAGCGAAUUUGCGCCACGGAAGUACCAAAAGUUCAUGAGUUUUAUUGUUGGGUGGCUCUGCGUGCUCGGCUGGCAGACAGGCGCGGCAACACAGGUGAGAGGAACUUCCCGACAAUCCCCGGAUAUCUCUUUGCUGGCACAUGCGCUAAUUCCACACAUAGCAUUUCUCGCCGGAACUCAAAUUCAAGGCCUUGUGAUCUUGAACUAUCCGGACUACACACCUGAGAGGUGGCAUGGAACGUUGUUAACGUUCGCCGUGGCCUCAUUCUCCGUCUUCUUCAACACGUUUCUCGUCAAAAAAUUGCCGUUGGUGGAAGGUAUUGUGCUUAUCGUCCACGUGUUUGGCUUCUUCGGCGUCCUCAUAACCCUCUGGGUCCUCGGGCCCAUCGCAAAUGCGAGCGACGUCUUCACCACUUUCAACAAUUACGGCGGUUGGAGCAGCGAUGGGCUGUCAGCAAUCGUCGGCAUUCUAGCAGUAAUGAUCCCGUUGCUCGGCGCAGACGGCGCCGUCCAUAUGUCCGAAGAACUUCGCGACGCAUCAAAAGUGCUUCCCCAAAGCAUGAUCUGGACUACGAUCCUGAACGGCUCCAUGGGUUGGAUCAUCCUCAUCACCUUCUGCUUCACUCUGGGAAAUCUUGACGAUGUGAUCGACUCACCCACGGGACAGCCCUACAUUGCCGUCUUUUACAAUGCCACGCAGUCAUACGCUGGCGCAUCGGUUCUCUCAGCUCUGGUCAUCUUCAUGGCCAUUUUCUGCAACUUGUCGAUCACAGCCACUGCUUCGAGGCAGUUGUGGUCCUUUGCCCGCGAUCAGGGCAUUCCGGGUGCUUCUUGGUUCGCAUACGUGCGACCAGGCUGGGACGUCCCACUGAACAGUAUCGUGGUCUCCUUUGUGGUUUCCUGUCUGCUUUCCCUGAUUAACAUCGGCUCCACAAUCGCGCUCAACAACAUUACCUCGCUGUCGCUGGUCGCCAUCUUGUCGUCAUACAUUGUCUCCAUCGGCUGCCUUUUCUGGAGGCGAUUGACUUAUCAGCCCCUGCUCCCGGCCAAAUUCACCUUCAGCAGACCGGUUGGACUGUUUUUGAACGGUUUCAGUCUCAUCUUCCUGGUCUUCGCUUUCCUCUUCGCGUUCUUCCCCGGCAACCCGGAUCCAACUGUGGAGCAGAUGAACUGGGCCAGCUUGAUCUACGGGGGCGUCAUGGUUUUUGCAGUUCUUCACUAUUACGUCCAAGCCAGGCAUGUCUAUGACGGCCCUGUAGAAUAUGUGCGCAAGCUGGUGUAA